AUGAUGGACAUGACGCUUACACCAAAUAUGGAUCAAAUAGAAUACGGGGUUGGGUCCUCUGAUAAGGAAAGCACUGCUCAAAUGAAGCCGAGGAAAAAAUCAAUGACAUCGCUCUAUCUCAAAUUCUUUGAAACAGCAACUGAUGGGAAAAGCCGAAAAUGCAAAUUUUGCAAGCAAAGUUAUUCUAUAUCAACUGCCACUGGUAUCCUUUCCAUCUUCCUUGACGACUUUGGGUUCUGCCCUCUCAAAAUUUAUCAUGGUUUAUCAGUAGCUUUGUGUUGCAUCAAAUAUGUCAGACAGGUCAUAACUUUGAUAUUUGCCAUUUAUGAAUCCUUGUACUCUAAAACAGGGAAUAAUAUGACGAAAACAUUUUUUUCUAAGCAAUGUGAUACGUUUGUGGUUGGGAGUAUUUUGGGUUCACACCUAUGUUUGCUGUCAAACCCAUAUUAGUUCUUGUGAUUGCUCAAUUUGACACGCGUUAGAACUUUCAUAGGACUGUAAGUUGAUUUCCACUGUAAGUUGAGUUUGUGGGAAUAUUAAAGCUUGAUUGUUAAAGUUUAUCUCAUCCCAUUCCACUUCUGAUGCCAUAUGAAGGGAAUCUGAGGAGGCAUCUCAAUCACCACCAUCCUGGGUAUGAUCGACAGGGUGAGGCUGCUGCUCAGCAGACUCCACAGCCUGGUGUUGUUGUAAUGAAGAAGAUCCAAUCUCAAGUGAAGGCCACCACUGUGGAUCUCGACCAUCUCAACUGGCUGCUGCUCCGAUGGCUGAUAGGAGCUUCGUUUCCUCCCUCCACCAUGGAAGACAAAGCACUGCUUACCUCAUUGAGGUUCUUAAACCCAGGUGUCAAGCUCUGGUCCAGAGAACGAAUUCAGUUGAUGACAUCCGACGUCUUCAGAAGCAUGAGGGACGAUGUGAGGGCGUCUUUGGAAAAUCUGAACUCCAAGGUGUCCAUAGCUCUGGAGUUCUGGACAUCCUCCGAGCAGAUCUUCUACAUGAGCGUCAAGGGCUACUGGGUCGAUGAGAAUUGGUCUCUCCACAAGGUCCUGCUCGACGUCUCUUGCAUUCCUUACCCUUGCGGGGGGGGCGAGAUAUUUCAUGCCCUCUUGAAGGUCCUCAAGAUGUUCAAUAUUGAGAAGAACAUCUUGGCCUGCACUCUUGAUAACAGUAGGGAUGCAAGCCAGCCGGCCAUCCACGCCUGCCUUGCACUCAGAGAGGAGCUCGAUGCCCGGAAGGCGACCUUCUGCUACAUACCUUGUGCUGCGCAGACCUUAAAUCUGAUCAUAGAAGAUGGGUUGAAGACCCUUCGGCCCACGCUGAUAAAGAUCAGAGAAUUUGUCCGGGAAAUGAACGGGUCUCCUGAGAUUGCUCAAGAUUUCCGACAGCUGACAGCUGCUUAUCAGGAGGGCACCUGGCAGCUUCCCCUCGAUUCUUCACCCCACUGGACUGGUGAUUACGCGAUGCUGGAUAUUGUGAGAAAGGUACCCUCUGCUUCCCAUCCUUCAAAGCUUCCUGCCCAUACACCAGAUUGAGUGAAUGGAUAGAAUAUAAACCUUCCAUAUAUAUCUACCUGGGUUUGCCGAUUUUGAUCCGUUCUUGUCUACGGCGCAGGCGCCCAAUUCGAUGGACGUCCUCAUCAGGAAGCAUGAAGAAGUACUGGGCGGGAAGGGGCAGCUGCUGAGCGCCACGGAGAAAUCCCUGAUCAAUUUUCUGCACUCAAAUUUCGAGCCUUUUUAUAAGAUCACCACCAACCUGUGCUCCUGCAAGGUACCCACUGUUGGCCUGGUCCUCUUCUUCAUGGACCACGUCUUCGAGAUCAUCAGCGCCUUCAGAGACAGCUGCCGGCAGGAAUGGCUCAAGACGGCGGCCGACAGCAUGGCCGAGAGGGCCCGAAGCUUCAGCGGCACAGUCUACAGCCCCUUCACUUACAUGGCCGCGGUUUUGGAUCCGAGGAUAAAGAAGGACCUCAUACCAGAGAAUCUGAAUUCUGACAAGAACUUGGAGGAAGCAAGGAGCUACUUCUCGAGGAAUUACUCUGCCGGGCAAUUCCCCUCUGUGGCAAAUGGGUACGUGGCGGCGGCGGCGACGGCGCAGGACAGUGAAGCCAUCAGCAGUGUUUCCUUUGCCGAAGAGAUCGCCCGGAAGAGGCGGCGGCUGAGCAUCGUGCCGGUGGCCGAUGAGUUGACCCAGUACUUGUCGGAACCACCAGUGCCGAUUGCGACCGAUGUGCUGGAGUGGUGGAAAGUCAACAGCACUCGCUACCCACGGCUCUCUGUCAUGGCGAGGGACUACUUGGCCGUCCAGGGGACCUCAGUGGAGCCUGAGAAUCUCUUCUCUGGCAAAGGGGACGACUUGCAGAGGCAGCGGUUCUGCUUACCACACGGCAGCAUGCAGGCCGUCCUGUGCAUCCAGUCCUGGUUUCAGAGCGGGUACAAGUUCAAGUCCCGGCCAAUGGAGGUUGACUUUGAGAGACUGGUGGAUCCCCACCCUCUGGUCACCCCCGAGGUGGCCAAGAGUGAGAAGGCAACUUGA